UUCUCUCUGGUACACGUCAUCUAUCUAUCUCCGGCGAUCCGUGCCGCAGCAGCUAGCCUUGCUAGUGAGCUCUUGCUGGUGUGUCGACCGCCGAUGGUGAGGACGAUGGCAGGCAAGGGAGGAAGCAAUGGCAGCGGCGGCGGUCGGGAGUCCAAGCAGAAGCCGGCGCUCCUCCUGGGGCGGUACGAGGUGGGGAAGCUGCUGGGGCAGGGCAACUUCGCCAAGGUGUACCACGCGCGCAACGUGCUGACGGGCGAGGAGGUGGCCAUCAAGGUGAUGGAGAAGGAGAAGAUCUUCAAGUCCGGUCUGAUGGCGCACAUCAAGCGCGAGAUCGCCGUGCUCCGGCGGGUGCGCCACCCGCACAUCGUGCAGCUCUACGAGGUGAUGGCCACCAAGCUGCGCAUCUACUUCGUGAUGGAGUACGUGCGCGGCGGCGAGCUGUUCGCGCGCGUCGCGCGGGGCCGGCUCCGGGACGCCGACGCCCGGCGCUACUUCCAGCAGCUGGUGUCCUCCGUCGCCUUCUGCCACGCGCGCGGGGUGUACCACCGGGACAUCAAGCCCGAGAACCUCCUCCUCGACGACGCCGGCGACCUCAAGGUCUCCGACUUCGGCCUCUCCGCGGUGGCCGACCAGAUGCGACACGACGGUCUGUUCCACACUUUCUGCGGCACCCCGGCCUACGUGGCGCCGGAGGUGCUCUCCCGCCGCGGCUACGACGCCGCCAAGGCCGACCUCUGGUCCUGCGGCGUCGUGCUCUUCGUGCUCGCCGCCGGCUACCUCCCGUUCCAGGACCGCAACCUCGUGGCCAUGUACCGCAAGAUCCACAGGGGCGAGUUCCGCUGCCCCAAGUGGUUCUCGCCGGAGCUGACCCGCCUCCUGCGCCGCGUCCUCGACACCAACCCGCAGCGACGCGCCACCGCCGACGAGAUCAUGGACGACGAGUGGUUCAAGGUCGGCUUCCGCCGCUUCUCCUUCCGCAUCGAGGACGACCGCUCCUUCACCUGCUUCGACCUGGACGACGACGACGACGUCGACGCGUCCACCUCGCCGCCCGAGCCCGACACGCCACGGGCAGACGCCGCUCCCAAGAAGCCGAGAAAGGGUAGCGCCGCCGGGCUGACGUCGUGCGCGUCGGCGCCGUCGCUGCUGCAGCUGGAAUCGCGCAGCAGCGGGCUCGGCGGGAGCAGCCGGCGGCGGUCGAGCCUGAACGCGUUCGACAUCAUCUCGUUCUCGAGGGGAUUCGACCUCUCGGGCCUGUUCGAGGACGGCGAAGGGGGAGGUGUGCCGGAGCAUCCGCCCCACCCGGCGGCGGCGCGGUUCGUGUCGGCGGCUCCCGUGGAGCAGAUCCUGGCCACGCUGGAGGGGGCCGCGUCGGCGGCCGGCAUGGUGGUGCGCGAGAGGGACGACGGGUCCAUCAGCAUGGAGGGGACGCGAGAGGGCGAGCACGGCGCGCUGGCGGUCGCCGCGGAGAUCUACGAGCUCACGCCGGAGCUGCUUGUCGUGGAGGUUCGCCGCAAGUCCGGCGGUGCCGCCGAGUACGAGGAGUUCUUCCGGGCGCAGCUGAAGCCCAACCUGCGCGACCUCGUCUGCGACGAGCCGACACUGCUCCAAUCCGACGACCGCUCUCGGAGCCUAUGAGCUGUCCUGUGUUGUGGUGAUCGUGGCCGGCGCGCGUUCCAUCCGUGCUCAUGCGUGCACGCGCGUAUCAACGCAUGCGCAUGCACGCACGUUCGUCGUCCAUGACUGCCGCGUACAUACUUGAUUGUUAUUAUACGCCUAUACACACACAAGUACAAAUACAUGCAGAAGGGGAUUGUGAGUACGUACGUGUGAUGGGGUUUUAUACGUAUAAAUACUAUGGUACACCAGGGUUUUUUUGGGCAGUGCUGUGGUCUUGUGGAUGGUAUUUGGGAGCAUCCAUACAUGACAGCACUAUUGCAUAUACGUAUCAAUAGGGUGAAUGUUCAAAAGAAAUGUAAUUUUUGUGUGCGCGUAUCUAAUACCAAAAGGGAUUAUGUAACAGCUAGGAGAUUUGUUGUGUUGCAACUGU